AUGAUCCAACGGUGGUUGCUGCUCGUAAUCGGGCUCCUAGCACUCCUAACCACCCCAACAAUCGCAAAAGGAGGAAAAAACAAACUAAAAGCCCACUCCUCCGAAUUCGACCGUCAACCCAAUAACCUUUUCUACUUCACCGGUUCAAACAACAUCAUCUUCGAAGACCCCGUCGCAAGAAACGCAUAUAUCUCCACAGAUGGCGGUAAAGAAUGGUCCAUCAUCAAAGGACCCCACGAUGCCAUGGAAGGCGCUGUCGUCAUGCUACAAGCGCACCCGUUUGAUGAUACUCGCGCUUAUGCCCUUGGCGAGAGCGGUAAGGGCUGGAUUACCACUGAUCGCGGUAAAUCCUGGGACUCAUUCGAGGUUGAUACUACGCCUAAUGAUUCGAGGAAGUAUUCGCCCUUGAGGUUUCAUGGAUCCGAUGCGAAGAGGGUUAUCUUUAUGGGACGCGAUUGUUCGGUUCAUGGGUGUCUUCCGACGGCGUAUUAUACGCUUGAUGAUUUUAAGACGGUCAAGAAAUUGGCUAAGGAUGAGGAUACGUUUGAUUGUACCUGGGCGACUGGAACGCCUGAAUUCGGUCGGGAUUUGGAAUCUGAGUCCGUGAAGAAACUCGCUGACCGAAUUAUGUGUGUCGUGACUGGUCGGAAGGACGGAGGGUUAGAGGCCUUUUUCCGCAGGCGUUUGAUCGCGUCCGAUGACUUUUUCAAGGAUGGUGGGGUUGAGAUUAAUCUUGAUCGUGGGCGGCCGGUGCCUGGUGUUGAGAUUCGAAUGGUUGCUGUUAAGAAGUAUAUUGUUGUUGCGCUUCAGUCUAGGGGGACGUUGGAGCAGACGCUUUAUAUCAGUGAUGAUUCGAAGGAGUGGCAUCGCGCGGAAUUUGGGGGACAUCGACUGGAACAGGAUGGGUAUACUAUUCUGGAAAGUACGAAUUACAGUAUCCAGGUUGAUGUUCAGACUGUUUUGAAUGAGAAUCCUGUUGGUGUGUUCUUCACGUCGAACUCGAAUGGGACUUAUUUCAAUCCGAAUAUCGAGCAUACGAAUCGCAAUGUUAAGGGGAAUGUCGAUUUUGAGAAGUUGGCGGAUAUUCAGGGCAUUGUGAUGGUGAAUACGGUUGAGAAUUGGGAAGAUGUUGAAGAGGAUCCUAGUGAGAAGAAGAAACUCACUACCAAGAUCAGUUUUGAUGAUGGGAGGACGUUUAGUUCUCUCAAGGCUGAUGGGGAUCCGUUACAUAUCCACUCGCUGACCUCGUAUGUGGAAUUGCAUGAAUUGGUGGCCCUUGGUCGGAUGUUCUCGAGUCCGGCGCCUGGACUUGUCAUGGGAGUGGGUAAUACUGGUGAUUAUCUGGAGAAAUACUCAAAGGGCAAUCUCUAUGUUUCCGACGAUGCCGGUGUGACUUGGCGACAGGCACUCAAAGGACCUCACCGGUUCGAAUUUGGCGACCACGGAGGUGUUAUCGUCGCUGUCAAAGACGACGGUGAUGCCACCGAUGAAGUCCGGUACUCGAUCAACCAUGGCAAAGAGUGGGAGACGCUCAAGCUGAAGCACGAUAUCAAGCCCCUCUUCAUCACGACCACGCCGGACUCGACUAGCCUGAAGUUCGUGCUUGUUGGCAUGACGAAAGAACCCAAGUUCCACAUCUACCAGCUUGACUUUGACGAGCUUCACGAGCGCAAGUGUGACAAGGAUGAUUUCGAGGACUGGGUGGCUCGUUUGGAUGAGAAGGGUGAGCCCGACUGCCUGAUGGGUCACAAGCAGGUCUUCCGUCGUCGCAAAUCCGAUGCGGAAUGCUUUAUCAAGGACGAGUUUACCAUCGACUCUCCCAAGGCUGAGAACUGCAAAUGCACCGCCGAGGACUUUGAAUGUGACUAUAACUUCAAGCGUAGCGAUGAUGGAAAGCGCUGCCUCCCUGCUGUCUCUCUGCACACCCCUGCCGAUACGUGCAAAAAGCCAGACGAUACCUUCGUCGGUCCGUCGGGCUGGCGAUUGAUUCCCGGUGACACCUGUAUCCGGGAAGGUGGCGAAAGUCUCGACAAAGAUGUGGAACAGCCCUGUGGAAAUUCGACCGGUGCUCCCGUCGCCGAUGGCAAGAUUCGUGUUGGCAAGCCGCAGCUGUUCAACUCGGCCAGACAGACAUAUUUCUACCUUGAACGACAAUCUAGCAGUAACGGAGACGACGAGACGAUCUUCCAACUUGCCGCCAAUGGCCAACUCUGGAUCACCCACGACCAUGGCAAAAAGUGGGAACAACCGUCCCAACUGAAGGGGGAGAGUAUCACCGAGAUGAUCCCGCAUCAUCACUACACCGACGGCGCGUAUUUCUUAACCGACAAGAAGAAAGUCUGGUACACCACCAAUCGCGGAGCGAAGUUCCAUUCCGGUGCUGAUAGACCAACCAAGUACAUCGACAAGUACAUCAGUCCACUGGCUUUCCACGAGAAGAACAUGGACUGGGUGAUUUGGAUGGGAUCCGACGAUUGUGACGGAAGUGAUGGUGCCUCCUGCGCCAUGGAUGCCUACAUCAGCACCAACUCUGGCAACAAUUGGAAGCAAUUGGUCAGUGGGGUCGGACAAUGCGUAUUCGGAUACCAGCCCAACGUCGAAGGCACGGAACAUCUCAUCAUUUGCGAAAAGUACCAAAACGAGCUAGUCAAGAAUGACCGACAACUCGAUGUUAUCUUUGAGAAUAUUGCCCGAUUCGUCACUAUGGACGGCUUCUUCGUUGUCGCGACAUACCCGACUGAACAGCAUGAGUUUUUGAAUGUCAGCACCAGUAUGGAUGGAAAGGUCUUCGCGCAGGCCCAUUUCCCGCAUAACCUUGCUUUCGGCGAUGUUAAGCAGUACACUGCCGUCCCCGGAUCUAAGCAUGCGCUUUUCAUGAAUGUUGAGGCGAACGGCGAGCCUGGGCAUAAGUUUGGCUCACUGGUCAAGAGUAAUAGCAACGGUACUUAUUUCAUUUCCAGUUUGGAGGGCUUGAGUGAGAAUGACUUUGGAUACAUUGAUUAUGAGCACAUUGCCAAUCUCGAAGGUGUUGCCAUUGCCAACAUCGUUGUGAAUCGGGAUGAGGUGAAGAGCAAAUCCGAAUCGAAAAAGUUGCGCACUGUCGCUACUCACAAUGACGGUGGACAGUGGGCGUUCCUCUCGCCUCCGGUUCGGGAUCUCGAUAAUAAGAAAUACGACUGCGUUGCUGGACAGGGCCAUGGCACGGAAGACUGUGCCCUGCAUAUCCAUGGCUAUACAGAGCGUCGCGACUGGCGAGAUACAUUCUACUCAGGCUCUGCUAUCGGUCUCCUUCUCGGCGUUGGUAACGUUGGCGAAUAUCUCUCCGCUAGCGACGAGGCGGAUACCUUCCUCAGCAGGGAUGGUGGAGUUUCCUGGCAAAACGUCAUGAAGGGUCGUUAUAUGUGGGAAUUCGGCGACGCUGGCUCCAUCGUUGUCCUUGUUCGCGAACUCGAGCCUACCAAGGUCAUUCACUACAGUUUGAACCGCGGUGCUACCUGGACCGAGUUCCAAUUCUCGGAUACAGAGAUCUCCAUCACUGACAUUUCCACCGUGCCCUCGGAUACGUCGAAGAAUUUCCUGCUCUGGGGUAAAGAUGUCACGUCCUCCUCCUCCGCGAAGAUGGCCACUAUCAACCUCGAUUUCAGCGGUUUGUGGAGUCGGACAUGUGCGGAUAUCGACUCGGACGAAGCGAGCAAGGAUUUCGAUCUGUGGACGCCGAAACACCCCUCGCAAGAAGAUGAUUGUCUCUUCGGUCAUGUCGAGCAGUACCAUAUCAAGAAGACUGAUGCUGAGUGCUGGGUUAAUUGGCGUGAGCCACACUCGCAUAUCAUCGCGAAUAACUGCACCUGUACCCGCGCAGACUUUGAAUGUGACUACAACUAUGAAAUCCAAUCAGACGGUAGUUGCGGUUUAGUCCCCGGUCUCCCCAAGCCAGACCACAGCCUCGCCUGCGCCUCCGACCCAAAAUUAAUAGAAUACUACGAACCAACCGGCUACCGCCGUCUACCACAAACAACCUGUCAAGGCGGCGACCGCGGCGAAAUGGACAGAGGAACAAUGCACGCCUGCCCGAACAAGGAAGAAGAAUUCGACCGCAAACACGGCAUCAGUGGUGCGGGUCUCUUCUUCGCUAUCGUCAUUCCUAUAGCCGCAGCUACUGCGUUCGGUUAUUUUGUGUAUACGCGCUGGGAUGCCAAAUUCGGUCAAAUCAGACUAGGCGAGUCUUCCGGUCUGGGUGGACUGGGCUUCGGGUCUGGGUCUGGUUCUGGUGCCGGUGGUGCGCGUGAAGUUGCCCUUGCUAUUCCUGUCGCGGUUAUUGCGGGUGUUGUUGCUGUUGCUCAGGCUUUGCCGUUGGUUGUUUCUAGUCUUUGGAGGAGUGGCGUUGGAUUGUUUAAGCGUGGUUCUGGUUCUAGGGGUGGUUAUCAACGUCCGUAUGCGUCUAGGGGUUCUUUUGCUGCGAGACGGGGCGAUUAUUCUCAUGUUGUUGAUGAUGAGGAUGAGUUGCUUGGGGCGGAGGAUUUUGAGGAGGAUGAGGAGGCGUAG